AUGGCGUCGUACUUCAUGCCAUCGUUCUUCCAGAAGCGGCUCCUCAAAUAUGCCCUGUCUCGUCUGGGCCUGGUCGACACAGAGGCCUUGGAUCCAGAUAACCUAGGAAUCCGCUGGGGACAACGGUCUACAAUCGAGUUGAAGGAUAUCGGCCUCAAACUAGAGAAAUUAUCGACUCUAGUUAAUCUUCCUCCGUCGUGCGAGCUGCUCAGCGCCCGGGUUCAGCUUCUUCGAAUCACUCUUCCUGCUGAUUUCCACAGCAGCGGCAUCCUGUGCGAGGCCAACGGCAUCGACGUGCACGUACGGUUAUUGUCAGAGGAGCCGAAAAGGGGACAACACACAAAAAGGAAAGGCGAAAAGGAUGGCUAUUUGGCGGUGCCAACACCGUCGGGUCUUGCGGAGUCAUUCCUCGAGUCCGAGCCAAAGGAGGAAAGGGAAGAGCUGCAAGCUGCGAUAUCGUCACAGUCGCAGGUCCUGCCCCACGACCCGCUAGCCUGGUCUGAUGAUGAUAACGAUAACGAGCUCGGUCUUGGGAGUGAGACUCUAUCACUGCCAAGCUUCGUGGCCGGGUUCUUGAAAGGCGUUGUGGAUCGACUCCAACUCAAGAUAAAAGAUGCAGUUGUGCGAGUGGAUAUGGAGUUGAAGCAAGAUGGAACAUCAAAACGGCAACCUGAAAAUAAGCCGGACCUUGUGGCGGGUUUGUUGAGCGUGGGGGAAAUCGAUGUACACGGGGUAUCCGAGAAACCUACCGGCUCGGAGGAGGGUCUUCCUUUCCGAGAAGGGAAGCGACUCAUCUCAAUCGCCGAUAUCAAUGUUGGUUUGGUUUCGGACCCAUCGGUGUUCUCAAACUACUCUCGUUUCGCGGCCCCUGCAUCUCCGUCAACGACCAUGCGGUCAAAAGGGAGCCAACCGUCAAGCAGAGCGCCGUCACCCUCUCCAUUGGAACGCUCCGAGGAAGAACCCAUUGCCAUGACCCAGUCAACUAUUUUUGAACCGCCGCAAGCUUUCGGCCAUUCAAGCACCACGGCAGACGAUUUGGAGGCAUCUGCAUUUUCCCACGGUCGAUUCUCAGACGCCGACUCUGACUCAGGUAGUCAUCGCGGUGGAUAUCUGGAGGAUUCUCAGAUAUUUGGAGACGACCCGUUCCAAGACAACCCGGGGUACCUAGACUCGGUUAUUGACACUCAAUUCGAUGAUUUUGAUGAUGAGCAGUCACCUGUAAUACCUCCCCAAGAAGACCGAGAGACCGGGGGUGAAUGGAGAAGCCACUCGUCUCGUGGUCGACAAAACGUGUAUCAGAACCAACAGGUCGAAUACUCUGACGAGCCCUUAAUCCCCUCUGACAGUUAUCAUAUGUCCCAAACUUACGACACACAUCACAGCCAAAUCGGCUCUGAAAUUGACGAAAUCACGCCACCCAUACAUCAUUACAACGAUUACAACGAAAAUAAACAUAACGAAAGAUCACAUUUGAACGUAUCAUCCCACCACUCUAGUACAUCUCCUCCACGGUCAGAGCCUGAUAGCACGGGCUCACGAGACGAAACCCCAAAUGCCGAUCUGAACGAGUCCCAGCUUUUCUCCCACGAUGAAGCACAAAGUCUUUAUAUGAGCGCCAUCAGCCGGGAUGCGAGUGACAGCUUCAUGCCACAAAUUCCAGGCGCCUGGGGCUCGUUUGGUGGUGCCACGAACUCCCAGGGUGCUUUUGAUGACCGAUCUAAAAACACCGCACCUAUUGAGCCGGCACAGUCCACCCAAGUUCAAGAUGAAGCGAAUUCAAGAUACACAAUCCCAUCAGAAGACAACAUCACUGAGCAGCAUGAUUUGGACGACCAAGCCCAAUCCCAGACAUUGCACAAGGACAGCCCCUCAUCCCCGUCGUCUCCUGGGUUACACAGAAUCAAUGAGAUGAGAAAGUCGGUGUUGACUGUUGACAAGAUUUUGCUGUGGCUCUCGCCCCCUGAUUCCGAAGAAGUCUCAGCCGAUCUAUCGCCUGUGUCACAAAAGGAGAACGCAGACAGUGACCUGAAUGAGUCCACAGUUAGCUUUGGAGGUUCUGCACCGGAAGAAAGUCUACUUGCCUCUAGAGCUUACAAAUCUACGAGGUUCGGAAAAGAUUUUGUUGAGGCACGGUCUCAGUCAAAUGCUGAGACUGAACUACCCGAAAUUGCCGUGGAAGUGUUCUCUGUCUCCUUACAUUUCGAUAUUGCAACUGGUUGGCUUCUAAUCAAGAUAGGACAAAAGUUGUCCCAAGCUCUUGAUACGGCUGAAAAAGAUCUGUAUGAGAAGCAGUCGCGAAAGGACCAACCCGCGCGCACACCACCUGUUCAGCUUGUCGUCCAUGCACUUUCAAUAAAGUUCAUCGAACGUGUUUCGGGGCAUGUAUAUUCGUCCGACAAUGGUGGCUCACCGUUGUCUCCUCCCUACAGCAUGGAAGACGUGAUUCUUCGUCUUACUCUAUCUGGACUGGAUGCUCGCGUUUCAGCUCAAAGUACAAGUACUAAGUUGAAUCUUCACGUGUCCAAGUUUGCAUUCGGGUUCGCUUCAGAAGAUAUCAUAUUCUUUGAUGAAAGAUUGAAGAUGCGUGAAUCUACGCGUGAUGUUUUAUCCCCCUCACAAGGAGAUGUCUCUAUAUCUUUGGUCAAGUCGGCAGACCUCGCCAAGGUUGACAUCUCCACGCUGCCUCUCCAUAUCAACCUCAAUGUACAGCGCCUGGAAGAGGUCCUAGGCUGGAUGGGUGGCCUAAGCACCAUUCUCGAACUUGGAAGUUCCAUGUCGUCCGUCUCAACAGUCAAAGGCGGCCCACCGCCUUCCAAACAGCGCCCUCGUGGUGUACAUUUUGAAACACCCACUCCAGCUGUUGACACGACCAAGGGCAAGUCGGCCCUAUGGAAAGUCAAUGCCCGAGUUGGUGCCAUCCUUUUGGAUGUCACUGGUGAAACUCAUUGUCUUCAACUUACCACGACCGCCGUCAAAAUCGUGAGUAGGUUUGAAGGGAUUGGUAUACAAAUAGACAAGGCCAAAAUAAUUGGACCACUUUCAAUUGACGACGCUUCAUCUGAUACUCCCGCCAAAAUCACCCUGAACAACAUCCGCCUUGAAUUCCUUUUUGCUCCAAAGGAGGUUGAUCUCGAUCGUCUUUUGACGUUGAUCACCCCGUCCCAGGACAAAUUUGAAGUGGAAGAUGAUAUCAUGCUAGACACGCUGUUGCGCCAGCGACGACAAGGAUCUGUUCUUCGUGUGACAGUCGGGCGCUUGGAAACUGUCAUUUCAGAUACCAGUGGGUUAGAGCCUCUCUCGUCCCUCGCUGUCGAGUUGAGUCGGCUUUCCAAUGUCACCAAGUAUUUGCCAGAAGAUGAUCGUCCUGGUAUUCUUACUUUGAUGCUGGUCCGUGACUUUCAAGGUCGCGUCCACGUUGGUGGAGAAGUUGGGGACAUCGAAAGUCAACUUACCAAUGUCGAAGUUGCAAACAUCACUAUGCCUUCGCUCACUGCAGCCCAUAUUGGAACUAUGGCCGUCAGUCGGAAUAACAACGAAGAGCUGGUGGGGCAUGCCCUGUGGCCGCCGAACAAAUAUCGGGAUCCAAACCAGUCCUAUCCGCCGGUCCUCAUGGCUCGUUUCAUACCCGAUGAGAUGGAUCCUACUUACAAGAUCAAACUGCACAACCUCCUUGUCGAGUACACGGUACCGUCAGUGACGGCCUUCCUUGGAUUGGGUGGUGACAAGAUGAGCGGAGAUGUGGCCAGUAGUAUGGUCAACUCUAUUGCAAACCUUGCAGAGCACUCAAUCCCGUCAUCUUCGAUGACAGGGCGGCCGAUGUCGAAUGAAUCCAGCUCCUCGACAAAGCCCGUCAAAUUGGCAGUUGUGUUCAGAGAUUGCGUUCUUGGUCUCAACCCUCGCAAUUCCCCAGCAAAAGGCCUUGCGGUCCUCACAAAUUCCAAGUUUGAAGGAAGUAUCCAUGGAGAGGAAUCUGCAGAAGCAUCGUUGGAUAUUAGAAAAGCCUCGCUCAUGAUCAUUGACGAUGUGUACCAUGAGGGUGCUGAUAACCUGCACCAACGGGGCUCUGUCGUUCCUCAAGACACCCAGGCCCAAGCGUAUAUCGAUAAAGGCUAUGUUCCUGUUUCUUCCAUCUCAUCGGCAACUGCCGGUGUCAAACUUACCAGCGCCGAGGAUGGGACGAAGUCUUUGGACGUUGAGCUGAGAGAUGAUCUGUUGAUCCUCGAAACCUGCGCGGAUUCUACUCAGACGCUCAUCAGUAUCAUGAACGGGCUUCAGCCUCCAACUCCACCAAAUGUCAAUAUCAAAUAUCGAACCGAGGUUAUGCCCAUCCAAGAUAUGUUCUCCUCGUUCACCGGGGACGCAUUUGCAGCUGAGCCCCCUCUUUCCAUUGGUGAUGAUCUGGCAACUAUCUCCGAAGGACCGUCUAGGGAAGAUCAGCUACUUGACGAACUUGAAUACGUCAGCGAUUUCUAUCCCACUAAGGGCGGUCUUGGUGGUGUGGGCAUCGAAGGCAUGGAAGCGGGUUCCAAUGACCUGCUGGACAGCUUCCAUUCCCAAUAUCAAGUAUCUUCCAGCAUGACGGAAUUGGACUUCCAGGAGGACCAUUUUGCAAAUAAAUCAGCUGUGGGUGGAACUGCUCAUCGGUGGGACUCCACCCAGAACACCUACGGCUUCACCAACGACACGAAGCUCGAGCGGAGUCCUUUACGUGUGCGUGUUCGAGACGUACAUUUCAUCUGGAAUCUCUUUGAUGGAUAUGACUGGCAACGCACCCGUGACACAAUAUCCAAAGCUGUCAAGGAUGUGGAAACCAAGGCCACAGAACGCCGCACCCGGGGCUCACGGAUGUCACCUUCAGCAGAGGAUGAAGAAGAGUCUGUCAUUGGCGAUUUCCUAUUCAACUCCAUUUACAUCGGUAUCCCAGCCAACAAGGAUCCACGGGAACUCCACCGCGAGAUCAAUCAGGACAUAGACGAUUUCACCAGUGAGACCGGGAGCUACGCAACAACCACUACCGUGACUGGGGCUGGAAGUCGCCAGGGCCGAUCAACCUCGAAGAGAGAGAAGAAAUUGCGUUUACAUCGAAGCAAACACCACAAAAUGACGUUCGAGUUGAAGGGUGUCUCGGCCGAUCUGAUUAUCUUCCCACCGGGUUCAGAAGAGACGCAGAGCUCGUUAGAUGUGCGGGUCAAGGAUCUAGAAAUCUACGAUCAUGUUCCGACAUCUACGUGGAAGAAGUUCGCAACGUAUAUGCGUGAGGCUGGUGAAAAGGAGAGUGGAACGAGCAUGGUUCACCUUGAAGUUCUGAUUGUAAAGCCUGUGCCUGAGCUGGCUGCGUCUGAGAUUGUCCUCAAGGCCACUGUUCUACCACUCCGGUUGCAUGUCGACCAAGAUGCUCUCGACUUCAUGAGUCGAUUCUUCGAGUUUAGAGAUGAGACCGCCGAACUAUCUGAUACCCCGGGUGACGUUCCAUUCUUGCAGCGAGUAGAGAUAAACGCCGUGCAAGUCAAAUUAGACUUCAAGCCUAAGCGGGUCGACUAUGCAGGACUCCGAUCCGGCCGUACAACCGAGUUCAUGAACUUCUUCGUGCUAGAUGGCGCCGACAUGGUGCUACGACAUGUAAUCAUCUACGGAGUGUCUGGGUUCGACCGAAUGGGCCAAACUCUCAACGACAUCUGGAUGCCAGAUGUCAAGCAGAACCAACUGCCCGGUGUGCUUGCUGGUCUCGCACCGAUCCGCUCUCUAGUCAACGUCGGCGGCGGCGUACGCGACCUAGUCGUCGUCCCAAUGCGCGAAUACCGAAAGGACGGCCGAAUCGUGCGCAGCAUCCAAAAAGGCGCUCUAGCCUUCGCUAAGACAACCUCCAACGAGCUGGUCAAACUGGGCGCAAAACUUGCCAUCGGCACACAAACCGUCCUCCAAGGCGCGGAGGAUAUGCUGACCACCCCCAGUGCACCAGCAUACGACGACGAUUCCCUCGACGAAGACGAAGCGAAGAAGAUCUCACUGUACGCUGAUCAGCCGGUUGGGGUGGUUCAGGGACUGCGUGGGGCGUUCAGCGGUCUCGAACGCGAUCUACUCCUAGCUCGUGAUGCAAUAGUCGCCGUACCCGGGGAGGUAGUGGAGAGUGGGAGCGCCAAGGCGGCCGCAAAGGCAGUCUGGAAGCGUGCCCCCACGGUCAUCCUCCGGCCCGCUAUCGGAGUAUCCAAGGCCGUGGGACAGACUCUGCUUGGUGCGGGGAAUACCCUUGACCCGAGCAAUCGGCGCAAGAUGGAAGAUAAGUAUAAACGGUACUGA